UUAUAAAAGCAGUUCUCGGCGGCAUCGUGGAUUCAGUUGCUCCACAACAGCGUCGCGAAGACAAAGCAAUCUGAAUUGUUACGUCCCAGUUUUGUGCCGUUUAUUACUAAAAUUCAAAGUGCAGACUAGCGCUGAUUAGCAGCUCAGCUUGUCCCGGGAAAGGCUCCAGUAAAGCAAUGGGGACAUUUAAUAUAACCGCCUUUUGGCUAGUCCUGAUGCUGUGGUUACCCCACGGCCUGUCAAUGGGUAAUGGCCAAAGCAAUAGCAAUAGCAAUAGCUGUUCGGCUUCGGUUCUGGAGGCACGCCGGUUUUUCGAGCUGGAAAAUGAGCUAUUGAGAAAGCGCUAUCACGAGAAGUUCCUGUCCGUGUAUACCUAUAACACCAAUGUCACGGAGGAGAAUCGCCAGGCCAUGAUCGAGAUUAAUGCCCGCAAUGCGGAGUUCAAUAAGCGCCUGGCCCAGCGGAUUAAGGCCUCCGAUUAUGUCCAGUCCGAGGAUGCGGAUAUACGGCGUCAGGCUGAGCACCUCUCCAAACUGGGAGCAUCCGCCCUGAAUCCCGAUGACUUUUUGACCCUGCAGAAUGCCAUUAGUUCAAUGCAAACGAACUAUGCCACCGUAACAGUGUGUUCCUACACAAAUCGCACUGAUUGCACUCUAACUUUGGAGCCGCACAUUGAGGAGCGUCUGGCCCACAGCCGGGAUCCUGCGGAGCUGUCCUGGUACUGGCAGCAGUGGUACGACAAGGCGGGAACCCCCAUGCGGGACCACUUCGCAGAGUAUGUACGGCUGACGCGCAAGGCGGCCCAAUUGAAUGAUCACCGCUCUUAUGCCGACUACUGGUUGCAGUUCUACGAGGAUGCCGAUUUUGAGCGACAACUGGAUGCUACAUUCAAGCAGCUGCUGCCAUUCUACAGGCAAAUCCACGGCUACGUGCGCUAUCGCCUGAGGCAACACUACGGCCCGGAUGUGAUGCCAGCGGAGGGAAACAUCCCCAUCAGCUUGCUGGGCAACAUGUGGGGCCAGUCUUGGAGCGAGCAGCUCGAUCUGUUCACCCCCUACCCGGAGAAGCCCUUUGUGGAUGUGAAGGCCGAGAUGGUGCGACAGAACUACACGGUGGAGAAGCUGUUCGAACUGGGCGAUCAGUUCUUCCAGUCCCUUGGGAUGCGUGCCCUUCCUCCGAGUUUCUGGAAUCUGAGUGUGCUCACCCGACCCGAGGAUCGUCAGGUGGUUUGCCAUGCCUCGGCCUGGGACUUUUAUCAGGACAGCGACGUGCGGAUCAAGAUGUGCACCGAGGUGAACAACAACUACUUCUAUAUCGUGCACCAUGAGCUAGGACACAUCCAAUAUUAUCUGGAAUAUGAACAGCAGCCGGCUGUCUAUCGAGGAGCUCCCAAUCCUGGCUUUCAUGAAGCUGUUGGCGAUGUCAUCGCCCUGUCGGUUAUGUCCGCAAGGCACUUAAAGAGCAUAGGACUGAUAGAAAAUGGUAGACUGGACGAGAAGAGUAGAAUUAAUCAGCUCUUUAAGCAGGCUCUGACGAAGAUUGUCUUCCUGCCCUUUGGUUACACCAUGGAUAAGUAUCGUCAUGCCGUUUUCCGCAACGAACUGGACGAAUCCCAGUGGAACUGCGGCUUCUGGCAGAUGCGAUCCGAAUUUGGUGGAGUCGAACCGCCGGUUUUCCGCACCGAAAAAGAUUUUGAUCCGCCGGCCAAGUACCACGUGGAUGCGGAUGUGGAGUAUCUGCGCUACUUUGCCGCCCACAUCUUCCAGUUUCAGUUCCACAAGGCCUUGUGCACCCAGGCCGGCCAAUAUGCGCCCAACGACAGUCGCCUGACAUUGGACAAUUGCGAUAUCUUUGGCAGCAAGGUGGCGGGUCGAUCUCUCAGCCAGUUCCUCUCGAAGGGCAGCUCCCGCCACUGGAAGGAGGUGCUUCAGGAGUUCACGGGCGAGACGGAAAUGGACCCAGCCGCUCUCUUGGAGUACUUCGAUCCACUCUACCAGUGGCUCAAGCAGGAGAACAGUCAGUUGGGCGUUCCACUGGGUUGGGGACCUACAAACAAAAUCUCCUCGGAUUGCUGUGGAACAUUCAGCACCUAGACUGAGCCAUCCAGAAAUUGACUUGAGGUCGACGCGACCCGCAAAAAAUAAAUAUGUUAAGUCGCUUGAUAGAAAAAAACAAAAACAAAUAAACAAAUCUAAGAACUUUGUAAUGAA